UAUUUUCUUGGUAUCCAAACAAAUCCCAGUUCAUAGUUCGUCGAAAUAAUUUUCCUAAGAAAAUCGUUAGAUUGUUCGGGACCGAAAUGUCUUCUGAUGGUAAGCAGCAGCAGCCUCCUCAGAAACAAGAUUCACAACCAGGAAAAGAACAUGUUAUGAACCCUGUCCCUCAUUUCAGCAGCCCCGAUUACAAGCCUUCGAACAAGCUUCAAGGAAAGGUGGCGUUAGUUACCGGUGGCGAUUCCGGUAUCGGCCGGUCGGUUUGUAUCCUAUUUGCCAAAGAGGGUGCAACCGUGGCCUUCACGUAUGUGAAGGGCCAGGAGGACAAGGACGCAAAGGACACUCUCGAGAUGCUGAAAAAGGAAAAGACGGCAGACGCAAAGGAUCCUAUGGCUGUACCGACUGAUUUGGGGUUCGACGAGAACUGCAAAAAGGUCGUCAAUGACGUCGCGAAAGCGUACGGUCAGAUUGAUAUCCUGAUUAACAACGCUGCGGAGCAGUACGAGACAAGCAGUGUGGAGGAGAUUGAUGAGGAAAGGCUUUUAAGGGUGUUUAGGACCAACAUCUUUUCUUAUUUCUUCAUGACCAGGCAUGCUUUGAAGCACAUGAAGGAAGGCAGCUCGAUAAUAAACACGACAUCGGUGAAUGCAUACAAAGGGAAUGCUUCGCUACUUGAUUACACAGCAACCAAGGGAGCCAUUGUGGCAUUCAUUAGGGGCCUUGCACUUCAGCUAGUGAACAGAGGCAUCCGUGUGAAUGGUGUCGCACCGGGGCCGAUAUGGACUCCACUGAUACCGGCAUCGUUUAACGAAGAGAAGACAACCCAGUUUGGAAGUGAAGUGCCGAUGAAGAGAGCUGGUCAUCCUAUUGAAGUAGCACCGUGCUAUGUGUUUCUUGCCUGUAAUGUCUGCUCCUCCUACAUAACCGGUCAAGUCCUUCAUCCCAACGGCGGCACCGUCGUGAAUGCUUGAUAUGGCUGCCGUAUAGCUUUAAACGCAGCUCUCUGGUUUAGUGAA